AGUUUACUUGCUCUUCUACAGUAAAUGAUCAAAAUCAUGGACUCGAGAUGUUAUGGCUUCUUCUUUGCUCUGUUCUCUUUAACUGUGGUUGCUCUUGCUUACGAUCCUGACACUCUUCAAGAUCUCUGCGUUGCAGAUCGCACUUCAGGGAUCAAAGUGAAUGGUUUCACAUGUAAGCCGGAAUUAAACAUCACUGCCUCAGAUUUCUUCUUCGCCGGAAUCGGAAAACCCGCCGUCGUUAACAACACAGUCGGGUCAGCCGUCACGGGAGCAAACGUAGAGAAGAUCGCAGGGCUUAACACGCUCGGAGUCUCACUCGCGCGUAUCGACUACGCUCCCGGAGGUUUAAACCCGCCGCACACGCAUCCACGCGCCACUGAAGUGAUCUUCGUUUUGGAAGGCGAGCUUGACGUCGGAUUCAUAACGACGGCGAACAAGUUAUUCGCUAAGACUGUGAAGAAAGGAGAAGUUUUCGUCUUCCCGAGAGGAUUGAUUCAUUACCAGAAGAACAACGACAAAGCGAAACUUGCGUCGGUGAUCUCUGCGUUCAACAGUCAGUUACCGGGUACACAAUCGAUGGCCGCCACGCUAUUCACGGCCACUCCGGCGAUUCCGGAUCACGUUUUAACGACGGCGUUUCAGAUCGGAACGAAAGAAAUCGAAAAGAUCAAAUCCAAGUUGGCUCCCAAGAAAGUCUAAAAAUUGCGUUUGUUAUAUAUAU